GCAGUGACCAGUCGCUGGCAGAACAGAACAACCGAGCUCAUCACGGCAGCCUCGCACACAGCAUCGACCGCCAGUAUCUCGCAUCACGAAGCCAAGACGACCCCCUCGCGUGCUCGCCGAUAGCAGCUGCAGAAAUGGCGGACCGAUACUCCUUUUCCCUCACCACGUUCUCGCCCAGCGGAAAGCUGGUGCAGAUUGAGUAUGCACUCAACGCGGUGAACCAGGGCAUCACGGCUCUGGGUAUCAAGGCCACCAACGGAAUCGUCCUCGCCACGGAAAAGAAGUCGUCCUCGCCUCUGGCCGACCAGAGCUCCGUCUCCAAGAUCAGCAACAUCACCCCCAACAUCGGAACUGUCUACUCGGGCAUGGGCCCCGACUCGAGAGUAUUGGUCGACCGUGCGCGCAAAGUCUCGCACACGGGCUACAAGCGCAUCUACAACGAGUAUCCCCCGACGCGGAUAUUGGUUCAGGACGUUGCCCGGGUCAUGCAGGAGGCCACUCAGUCCGCUGGUGUGCGGCCGUACGGCGUGAGCAUGCUCAUCGCUGGCUGGGACGAGGGAAUUGAGCCCGAAGAGGAGGACACCACCACCGAAGGGGAGAAAAAGCCGAGCAAGAAGACCGGCGGCAUCCACAAGGGCGGCCCCAUGCUCUACCAGGUCGACCCUACCGGCAGCUACUUUCCCUGGAAAGCCACUGCUAUCGGCAAGAGCGCCACCAAGGCCAAGACCUUCCUCGAGAAGAGAUACUCGGAGGAGCUGGAGCUUGAGGAUGCCAUUCACAUUGCGCUUCUCACCCUCAAGGACAACAUUGAAGGUGAGAUGAAUGGCGACUCGAUUGAGAUCGGCAUCGUCGGCCCCCCCGCAGAGCAUCUCUUGGGCAUGGAGGGUGUCGAGGGGCUGAGCGGACCGCGCUUCCGGAAGCUGACCUCCCAGGAGAUUGAGGAUUACCUGACGAGUCUAUAAUGGGCCUUUGAGGAGCAAUUGGAGCGGUCUGUACAAUAGAGGAUCAUGAGGCUCAAUAGAGCGACUGUUUUGAC